AUGGCCUACCCCAGGGCGGAUCCCACGCCAUUUACCCUCGAUGACGACGAUCGCAUGUAUAUGAGCCAUCAGAGUCCGAUGCAGCGCACCAACGAGUCCUUCCCCGCUCCCAAAGGCCCCGAUCCUUUGUCCAGCAACUGGAACUACGAUAGCGCCAUCGACCUCUUCUCGCUCAACACCAUGUUGCCUGAGCCCUUCCCCAUGGAGAUGCCCAAUGACAUGAUGGGCAUGGACGCCAAGGAGUUCCCUGCCGACUUCUUCGCUCCCCCUCCCGACAUCAGCGGGUUCACCAUCUCCAACCACUCCGGUGAAGACUGCGCUUCUAUGUCUUCGGUAUCUAACACACCACCACAGGACCUUGAAAGUGACGAUCAGUCCUGGUCCCCCACCUACGUUGCUCCCGCCGACCUGCCCAAGCCCAUCAACACCACCGCGUCGAGACCUACCACUCGUCGCAGGACCAACGUUCAAAAGCCCCGCGAGGUCGUCCCACCAACGAAUCCUCGCUGGUCGUCCAGCCCCGAAAUCACCCCUCAAGAAUACUCGGCUCCCAUCACCACCUCUCCGCAACCCGCCCCUGCCUCCCCGCCCGCCUCCAACCGCAAGAUGACCCGCAGUCUCUCCGGGGACUCGCAGUCCAGCACGGGCCCGGCCACCACGACGGGCCGCAACGCCGCCAAGCGCGCUGCCCACAACAUCAUCGAGAAGCGGUACCGCACCAACAUGAACGCCAAGUUCGUGGCCCUCGAGAAGGCCAUGUGCGGCGGCGUCCAGAAGUCCACCAAGGGCGGGUCCGCCUCGCUCAAGAAGUCCGAGAUCCUGACCAACGCGAUCGCCUACAUGCAUGAGUUGCAGGAGGAGAAUAAAGCCAUGCAGAAGGAACUGGCCAUGUAUAAACAAGGUCUCAUUCCCAAUUGGGACGUGGGCACCUACCAAGUUAAGAGAGAGAGGUAGAUUUCUUUGCUCUUGCCCCUUGGGCUUACUCUUCCUUUUCUUCCUCUUCUGUCAUGACCGUUAUGCUCUGUACUAUAUUUUAUUCUACUAUUCUCUACUAAUGGGUUGAGUUUAAACUCUCCUAUCAAGUUAAUCUGGUGUUUGUUGCGAAUGGUGGGGGCGAACAAGGUGCUUGGGUUUUUUCUUUCAGAUUACAGUGGAUUAUUUGAUAUACCCGGAUAAAAAGUUUGGACUCGGAAUAAUCUCAAACUCAAU